AUGAGAGCCGCUUCUCCGCUGGCGUUGACGCCCCUGCUCCUAGUGGCAUCAUUAGCGAGCGUGGCGGACGGGUCCUUGGGAAUAAAUACUGCCGGAGCAAGACCGCCAGCGAUCAGUUCAGUGUGGACACGGCGGCGCGAUUCACACCCAUCCAGAGUGGGUUUGCAUAGGAAGCACUUGUCCUUGGACCUGGUGGCGCGGCUGAGGGGAGGGGUGAAACGUGCUACGGUGAAAGCAGACGACGAGGACGAUGACGCGGAUGAGAACGACGACGCGGACGCAGGACCUGGGGCUCUGUCGGCUCUGACGGGAGUCUUCAAAAAUAUGCCACCGGCAACACGAGCAUACGUCCUUUUGCUGAUGGUCAUCACCGCGGUGGACGUAUCCGUCGGUAAGGCCAUCGACUCGGGCAACACCUUUUCCAUGGAUUGGGGAAGGACUGUGAAGGGAUUGGAGCUGUGGCGGCCUCUCACGUCGCUCGUCUACCUCGGGCCUCUGUCGAUGAGCUGGCUGACGAACGUGUACUUCCUGACACAACACGGCACUCGGUUGGAACUGGUUAGCGGGACGGCGGAGCAAGUAAUAUUCCUCCUCGUCGUGGGCUCUUUGCUGCUGUUCUUGGGGCCAUUGAUUGGCAUGCCGUUGUUGUCCACCUCCAUGGUGGCUGCGCAUACGUACGUGUCUGCGAGGAUGGAUCCUUUAGGGGCCGUGCAGUUCCAGUUCCUCAGGAUUCCUAUGUGGACGCUGCCGUUCGCACAAAUGGGAGCCGCAGUGCUCCAGGCGGAGGGGAGCCCGUUGGCAGCCAUUCCUCAUUUCGUGGGGAUCUUGUGCGGUCACGUGUACCACUUCUUCACUGUGGUGCACCCGCUGAUGGGGGCCAAGCGUCGUCUGGGAGCUCCAGGGUGGAUGAAGAGGCGCUUGGACGGUGGGGACAACCCUAACUUCAUGGAGACGCCAGACGAACCCGCAGCACCACGGGGACGAAAAAUUGGCGCCGGCAAAAAGACGGCCAGCAAGAGCAAGACCAGAGGGACCUCCAAAUCGGGAUCGAGCGGCAGCAAGAAGGGUGGCGGCAAAGCUAGACCAGUACCAGAUUUCCCUACAGCCGACGGGGGCUGUUCGUAGAAGGAGGAUGACAGUGUGUCAACCACGUUAGACCAAGCAAUUGCGAGGAAAUAUAUCCAUGGUUCUGCGUGGAGGCGUUUAUGUAUGGAAGAAGCUCAGCUCGACGUUGGCAUUUUUUCGUGCUAUUUCUACGGCGUAGUGUGGUCCUGUAGUCCACACGCUGGGUCAUAAAAGGCCGCGAAAAUCUUGGCGAGCCACAUAUGUCUACGUCUUUCUGUGUGUUAUCGUUGGUGCAUGUCACGUAUAUUGCCGUGACUAUCAUGAAAGAGUUAAGAUUGUGC